GAGCUGCAAACCUGCCGUUCCUAGCCGCCCCCCCGCGCCCCCUGCUCCAGCCGAGCUCAUCCUCGGGCUCCUUGAGCUGCGGGUGCUGCAAACCCCCCCCCCGCAGCCCCAGCCGGGCUCAGCUCCCGCAUCCUCCUCCGGAGACAGCCCGGAGCUGCCAGCCCCCCCCGCGCCAGCUGGGCUGAGUCGAGCUCCUGCGUCCUCCUCCAGUGGACCCAAAAAGCAAACUAAGCUUUGUAUGCAAGAAUGUGGUUUCGAGUUGUGCUACACCUUCUCUGAAAAGGGCUGGUAUUAGCCGAAGUUGAUGCUGUUGAAGUUUGUUGUUGAACCCUGCUGAAGUCUAUCUUGUCUCAAUACCACACCAUUACAAUGAGCUUCUUCUCCUAUUUGGACCCCAGGAGGAUCCAGUGGGGUGCCACAUGGAACGCCAUGCACUCCAGGAUCCUGCGCACCAAACCUGUGGAGUCAAUGCUGGAGGGGACGGGCACCACCACCUCUCAUGGGACCAAGCUGGCCCAGGUGCUCACUACAAUGGACCUGGUUUCCCUCGGAGUUGGAAGCUGCGUUGGCACUGGAAUGUAUGUAGUGUCUGGGCUGGUUGCUAAGGAGAUGGCUGGGCCUGGGGUCAUUGUUUCCUUCAUCAUUGCAGCAGUUGCCUCCAUUUUGUCAGGUGUUUGUUAUGCUGAGUUCGGAGUGCGUGUCCCGAAAACCACAGGCUCUGCCUACACCUACAGCUAUGUGACCGUUGGGGAGUUUGUGGCCUUCUUCAUUGGCUGGAACCUGAUCCUGGAGUACCUGAUUGGCACAGCAGCUGGCGCAAGUGCCCUGAGCAGCAUGUUUGACUCCCUGGCAAAUCACACCAUCAGCCGCUGGAUGGUUGACAGUGUUGGAACAUUAAAUGGACUGGGGAAUGGAGAGGAAUCAUAUCCAGAUCUUCUCGCUCUGGUUAUUGCUGUCAUUGUAACCAUCAUUGUGGCCAUGGGGGUGAAGAACUCUGUGGGAUUUAACAACAUGCUCAAUGCAAUUAAUCUGGUAGUGUGGAUCUUUAUCAUGAUCGCUGGGCUUUUCUUUGUCAAUGGCGACAACUGGUCUGAAGGGCAGUUCUUGCCAUUUGGAUGGUCUGGGGUGCUAAAAGGCGCAGCUACUUGUUUCUAUGCCUUCAUUGGCUUUGACAUAAUCGCCACCACCGGAGAAGAAGCUAAGAGUCCCAACACCUCCAUUCCCUAUGCGAUCACGGCUUCAUUGGUCACGUGCCUGACAGCAUAUGUAUCUGUGAGUGUAAUCUUAACUCUGAUGGUGCCAUACUCUGCCAUUGAUUCUGAAUCCCCCUUGAUGGAAAUGUUUGUAGCCCACGGAUUCUAUGCCGCUAAAUUCAUCGUUGCCAUUGGCUCUGUAGCAGGAUUGACCGUGAGCUUGCUGGGCUCCCUUUUCCCAAUGCCUAGAGUCAUUUAUGCCAUGGCUGGUGAUGGGCUGCUCUUCAGAUUCUUGUCCCAUGUGAGUUCUUACACGGAGACUCCAGUGGUGGCUUGUAUUGUCUCAGGAUUUCUAGCAGCACUGCUCUCCUUGCUGGUCAGCCUAAGGGACCUGAUAGAAAUGAUGUCCAUCGGCACACUCCUGGCCUACACUUUGGUCUCUGUUUGUGUCUUGCUUCUCCGAUACCAGCCAGAGAGCGACAUUGACGGCUUUGUCAAAUUCCUCUCUGAGGAACACACCAAGAAGAAGGAAGGGAUUCUAGCUGACUGUGAGAAGGAGGCUUGCUCUCCAGUGAGCGAAGGGGAGGAGUUUACUGGCCCACUCACCAACACGUGCGGUGCAAAAAAUCUGCCGUCGUUGGGUGACAACGAGAUGCUAAUUGGGAAAGCAGAUAAACCCACCUACAACAUCAACCACCCCAACUAUGGCACAGUUGACAUGACCUCAGGAAUCGAGGCAGAUGAGUCUGAAAACAUUUAUCUCAUCAAGCUGAAGAAAUUAAUAGGGCCACGUUAUUACACAAUGAGGAUUCACCUGGGACUGCCAGGGAAAAUGGAUCGCCCGACUGCAGCUACUGGCCGCACUGUCACCACCUGUGUGCUCCUACUUUUCAUCCUGAUGUUCAUCUUCUGCUCUUUCAUAAUUUUCGGUGCAGACUAUAUCUAUGACGAGAGCUGGUGGGCUAUUCUCCUGGUGGUUUUGAUGGUCCUGCUCAUCAUUGCAUUGGUAUUUGUGAUCUUGCAACAGCCAGAAAACCCCAAAAAGCUGCCAUAUAUGGCACCUUGUCUCCCUUUCGUCCCUGCAUUUGCCAUGUUGGUGAAUAUUUAUCUCAUGCUGAAGCUCUCCACAAUCACAUGGCUCCGAUUUGCUGUCUGGUGUUUUGUGGGCUUGCUCAUUUACUUUGGCUACGGUAUGUGGAACAGCACACUGGAGAUCAGCGCCCGGGAAGAGGUCCUUCAUCAGAGCACAUACCAGCGCUAUGAUGUGGACGUUGACCCAUUCUCGGUCGAAGAAGGCUUUUCCUAUGCUAAUGAGAGUGACAACUACCAGGACUGGCAGCCUUCAGAAGACAAAGGCUUCUCUUACCAGCAGAUGUCGGAGGCAAAGGAAAGCAGUCGGACGAGUAGCAAAUCGAAAAGCAAAGGCAAACACAAACAGAACUUCGAGGCCCUGAUUGCAAACGAUGAGCUCGACUACUCACCAGAAUAGGCGUAACACAAACAAAACCACAAUGCUAUUUCUCACUAACCUAACCCUUGGGCUAGAUUGUGAAGGCUUCUUUGGCUCUCAUUUUAAAUUCCAUCCUUCCUAAAAUUUCAGUGCCCAGAAUCACAUCACUUACUCACUCACUUUUUUACUCUUCAGGAUAGUUCUAUAAAAAAGUUUAUCCUGAAUUCUGAGAUUGUCACAUUGAUCAAAACAAGCAAGUGACCCAUUCCGAGUCCACCAGCACGGCCUAUCUUGGUGAAUGUUACCAAGAGGGCCAGCAUGUGGAUGGAUUGGCUGACUGGCAGAUUCUUUCUAAGUCUAUUAAGCAUCCUAUUGACCUCUUUUGGCAGCACUGACAAUGUGAUUUAAAUGAGAGAUGUGCCAAAUAGGGUGGGUUUCAUGUGAGCAGUUACAUGACCAGCUGAUUGGUGGGGGCAUGAGACAUAUUCUCUAUGCUUUCCAUAGAGAAUAUUUAUCCCAUGACUGUGCUGGCGUGAAGCAACGUAUUUGGCAUUUUCUUAGCAAGUAUAUUUUUUCCUUGAACCUAUAGAAAGAAAACCUUUGCUAGAGAGGUGUAAGCACACUGAAGCAGUAAAACAUUUCCCAAGGGAAUCUCAGGAGUAGAUUGAAAGUGGAUCCAGGGAUCUUAGUCUCACAGAGCAACAUUUUCAUCCUCCAUUUCAGUACCAUGGCAGUCACUGCACACAUCAUGACUAGGGAUGAGCCUGAACCAAACCUCCUGAAUCCAAACACCACAAGCUUUGGGAUUAAAAUGCAAUCUCCAUUGCUUGCACCACACUCUAGGACAGACCAAAUCAAAACUUCAGAUCCCAGCACACCUGAAUUUCUCAGAUCUGGAUCUAAGCUUUAUGGUUUGGGCCCAUCCUUAAUCACUCCUCAUCUAGACUUAAUUCAUUCCUCUAUAAAUACUCAUAAAUAUCAAACUCCAUUUCUCUUGGCACCAUAGGUACCAAGGCUUGGACUCCAUUUCCAUCAUUGUGUGUCUUCUACUGAUUCACUGAUCCAUAAUAGUUCCCACUGGGCACAGUCCAGAUUGUCAUUCAGAUUUCAGUUCUUCAGAUAAAGUUUCUAUUACUUCAUGUCACGUCAGUCAUUAACUUUAGGUCAUCACUGGACAAUAUUUGUGGCAACUGUAGAUAACGGGGCCAUUGAAAUCUCAUUCCUUGCCGUAAACUAUACUUUGUAUUAAGGAUCCUUACCUUGUAUAUGUUUUUGAGAUUUUUAACCAAUGGACUCUUGGGUGCUACUAUGAAAAAUACUGAAGUGCAGCUAGUGACUGUAGUUAAUGAAAUUCCAUAGGAUCACGCCUCACUUUGAAACCAAAUGGAAUAGGCAAAGGGAGAUGGGAGUUCAUGUAACACAAGGCAGGGAUUCUUAGGAGAUGAAUGUUUAUUGAGAGUUAAUCCACUGGCUACUAGUAGAGAACUGGCCCAAUCCUCUCACUCUCACCUGAGCAAAACUCCCAGCAAUGUGAAUGGGAGUUUUGCCUGAGUGAGGACUGAAGGAUCAGACCCAAUAGGAAUAACACAGCCUCCUCAUAUCUAAUCACAAGCAUACUGGGCCAAACUCACCUGUGGUGUAACUCCACUGAAGCCAGGGAUGACUUUGGCCUGCUAUGUCUUUUCCUUUUAAUAUAUAAAAGAAACAUAGUUAACUAAACUCUGGUAGGAAUUGUUCUGACAAAGAAAUUGGACAUUUCUGAGUCACUUUCUCCCAUCCAUGUUUUUGUUUAUUUAGUCAUUUAAUUGCAAUAUGCUCAAUGCACCUAUCAGUACUACUAGGCACAUGUACACAAUAUUCAAUCACAUUAAACCCUAAAGCAAUACAGAGUCAUAGUGGAACACCACCCACCCAAACUGGCACUCACCUCACCAGAACAAAGCCGGAGAUAGAGAUUUUCCAAGCAGCCUUGGGGAUUUAGAUGCACAAUUCAAAUUGAAAUUAAUGAGUUGUGUCUCUCAAUCCCUUAGGCAGGUUUGAAACUCUCAGGGACCAGCAGAGCAGUACAUUCCAGGGUUGAGAGCCCCCUUUCUGAGAACAGUCUGCCACCAGCCCCCUGAAUCACAAAACUAUCAACUGGAGCAUCCUGGAUGACUUUGAGGUGUGGAAUACAGAGGCAGAGAGUCUGGUUGAAAAUCCUGGCCCCAUUGAACUCAAUGGGAGCAUUGCCAUUGACUUCAGUGGAGCUAGGAUUUCACCCAUUUGUCUCUGAUGUAGCUCACACCCAUACCAUAUAGGACUAAUGUCUUCUUCUUACCAUAUUUGGAUUCUAACAACUUUCAGAGCCAAGGAGAAACGUUUUAUUGUCUCUUCCCUUUAAAAAACUCCUGUUAUGGUUCUUAUCACACUGUGUAUUUACAUAAGAACGGCCCUACCGGAUCAGACCAAUGGUCCAUCUAGCCCAGAGUCCUGUCUUCUGAAAGUGGCCAAUGCCAGGUGCUUCAGAGGGAAUGAACAGCACAGUCAAUCACACAGUCACCCAUCCCCUGUCCAGUGCCAGGUUUACAAUGGCACCAGUGGCUCCAUGGAGCCGGGCCCAUGCUCAGAAGGGACCCCGGCUUACUCCACUUGCACUGCACCCUGAGACCCCGCUCCUCCCACACCCACCACUUGCUCUUCUUGGCCGGCCUGCCGCCUGGCCGAGGACUCCUCCAUGACCCCUGACUCCACCUCUCUGUUCCCUUCUGCCCCCUGGCAGGACCCCAGUGCACCUCUGGCUCCAGGCCUGUGGGGCCCAGCCUGUCUCCCCAGAGCUGAGCCGCCUGGCCAGUCUCAGCCUGGGGGGGAGGGGCAGACAGUGUCGGGGGCUUGGCUGGGCCCCUCCAGGCAAGUGCAUCUGGGGCAGGCCUUGGCCUGGCUGAUUGCACCACUCCUGAAGGGACAGAGCAAUUCCCGGCCCCGGGACCAGCCCUGGCUGCACUGCCAGCUCAGCCCAGCAGACACAGUCCACUCCCAGCAGGGCCGGUGAGUGCAGCCAGGAGGCAGGGCAUGGGGGAGUGGGUCUCUGGGGAGUCCGGGGGAUUGGGGUGCUGGGCUGUAAGGGGGCAGGGAA